CAGAAGUUCACACAUUUUUAUUCUGUUGAAGUUCUUGACUGCUUCACUCUCUCACUCUUGGUAUGAAUUUGGAAAUGACUUUUGAUGACUUCAAGACCAAGCCUAUGGAGGACCAGGCUGAUGAGAAGUCAAAUGGACAGAAAGCUAAAGGUAUUGCCUUUCUGAUUCUAUCUCCAUGGUGGUGCCUGGCUGCUGUGACUUUUGGGAUCCUUUGCCUGGGAUCACUGGUGACCAUUGUACUGCUGGGGAUACAACUAUCGCAGGUGUCUGACCUCCUAAAGCAACAGCAAGCAAACCUGACUCACCAGGAAAAUAUACUGGAGGGACAGAGCUUAGCUCAGCGACAGGCAGAAGAAGCUUCCAAGGAAUCACAAAGAGAACUCAAGGAAAUGAUCGAAACCCUCGCCCGGAAGCUGGAUGAGAAAUCCAAGGAGCAAAUGGAACUUCGCCACCAGAACCUGAAUCUCCAAGAAGCUCUGAAAAGAGCAGCAAACUUUUCAGUUCCUUGUCCUCAAGAUUGGAUCUGGCAUGGAGAAAACUGUUACCUGUUUUCCUCUGGCCCAUUUGAUUGGGAAAAGAGUGGAGAGAACUGCUUGUCUUUGGAUGCCCAGUUGCUGAAAAUUAAUAGCACAGGUGACCUGGACUUCAUCCGGCAAGCAAUUUCCCAUUCCAAUUUCCCAUUCUGGAUAGGACUGUCUCUAAGGAAACCCAACUACACCUGGCUCUGGGAGGAUGGUUCUCCUCUGGUGCCCCACUUGUUUAGACUCCAGGGUGCUGUUUCCCAGAGGUACGCUGAAGGUACCUGUGCAUAUAUACAGCGGGGAACUGUUUUUGCUGAAAACUGCAUUUUAGUUGCAUUCAGUAUAUGUCAGAAGGCGGCAAAUCUAUUGACAGCACAGUGAUGCUGCAGGAUCUGGAAGAAAAGAAGGUCUUUGAAGUUUGAAAUUUGAGCUGUUCUUUGUCACUUGAGUAUCAAGCAUGAGAGCCCUGAGAACUGCCAGUUGUUAGCUGGCUGCAGAAAUCCUCAGCAGAGACCAAGGCCCCAGCCGCCUGGCACCUUUAUAUCAAAAGUUUUGAUUCCAUCUCUCUAUAUUUUUCACCUAGCUUGCCCCAACCCUUCCUGGCAGCUUACAAUCCCUCUUCCCUUUUCUAUUUUAAAAUUUGACUCUUCUCCAAGCUUGGGAACCCUCUGCAGUCAGUUUUCUUUCUCUACUUCUGUGCCACCAGCCCUUCACCCUCCUAAAACUGCACAGAAGACAGAACAUGGAGAACUUACCCAACUGCAGGCAGAGAGCAAAAAAGAGGAAAUGUACCUAGGAAACUGCACAUGAAGAAACAGAGAAGGGCGAAGACCACACUGAAACCAAGAAACUUCUGUCAAUUUUAAAAGCCAUUACUCUGGUUUUUAAACUGUGAUCCAUUUCCAGACUCCACCAUUUAUCAGUAUGUAUACAUACACACGUGUGUGCACACACACACAUACAUAUUUGGGGACAAUUGGGGAGAUCUGGGGAGUAUUAAUAAUUAGUAAUUGAGUGGUCUUUUCUGUGAAGUAACGCACAACCCAUUAUCACUUCCUGAAUCAGUUAUUUUUCAUCUUUUCUCUUCCAAAGAACAGCUUAGUACCUUUAACCCUUCAAAACAGCAUUUGUUAGAAUCAUAGGAUGUACAGCCCAGAAGAAAAAUAAUAGCAUUUUUUUUUCAAAGCACGUACCCUUUGUAGAUGACCUUUUCUCAAGUCCCAUUAUGCUGUGAUAUAAUUCAGAAACAUA